AGUGUUAUAUUUUGUUGUGUUCUGAAGUGUCGUCAACAGCCAUGAACAGCAACAGGCACAUUCGUCGAUUAAUUAAAGAGGAAAAGGAGAAAUGUCAGAAAAGAUUUAGGGAAAUAGAGCAAGCGCAGCCGCCAAGUGAAUUAGAAGUGUCUGAUAGUUGGGCAUUUGACGAACCUUUUCAACAGCCGUCAGUGUGCACAAAUUGUUGCGAAGUUAAGAAGCAAAUCGCGGAAAUAAAUGAAAAACUUGAGGAAAUAAUUCUUUCCCUUGCGGAACAAAAAAUUAUUGUUUCGCAACUGGUGCGGCAACGAGUGGAAAACACAAACGUGGCGAAAUGUUUCCCAAUUAAAGAUGAGGAGGCCCUAAAUAUAGUCAACCAAAAUAUUAAUAGUUGUGCAAAGGACUCCUACAUAAAAGCCAUGAGAUCGUUGUUGCUGCCAGAAGGGGUUUUAAAAAACUUGCGGAGGAUUCUCACAGAUGAGUUCGUUGUGGGAUUUAAUGUUAAAGGCCUUUCUGGAAAAAAAGCCUUAAACUCAUUUACACAUUUUUAUGGUGCACUCCAAGAAUGCCAUCUGUCUUUAAUCCUAUUUCUUUCAGUCUUUUUCUGCUUUUCACUUUUAAAACAUGAUUUGAUGUGAACAGGCUUGUAUAAAAAAAA